AUCGCAACCGCCCAAGGCCACCAGCCGCAAACAUCGCAAACACCGCACGCCCGUUCUCGACCAUCAGCAUUUAUACCCAUAUGAUCUAGAUGGCACGACAAUCUUUAUAUGACUCCUCGAAUGCGAGUAACCCUUCGAUUCACGUUCAUUCGUCCUCCGUCGACUCGAAUGUGGGUGCGGAUGAGGGAGAUAUGGGGAGUGGUGGGUUGAAAAUUGGGAGGAUACCGGAGUUGAGGCCGCAUGGGACGGAGCCGAUGGCGAUUCCGAACGGACAUGAACAUGGACAUCAUCACGAUCACCAUGACCAUCAUGGGCACGAUCACAAUCACAGCUAUAGCCACGGCAAUGGAAACGGACACACCCACGGCAGCUUCGCCUCUGCCGUCUCCACCAUCUCCCCGCCAAAGCUCUCGUUAAGCUACUCCCCCUCACGCCCAACCUCGACCCCAAAAAAGAAUUUCGCCUUCGCCAUCCCAGCCCCACGAUCCCGCUCCCCCUCUCCCACCCGCCAUGUCUCGAUCCCCGCACCCCCGCGUUCUCCAUCACCCAAGCGGAUCUCAAUUCAUCCCGUCAAGGCACCGUUCAGUUUCCCAUCUGUCCCGAGUAGUCCGCCGAUGAAGAGGCCGCCUGCGUGGGGUGGUGGGAAUGGGACGGGGACGAAGCCGGUGUCCAGGAGGGGACAUCACCACCAAAGGUCGUUGUCGCAUAAUAUCUUCUUGCCGCCGAAGGAGAGGGCGCCGUUGGCGCUUCCUGCGUCGUACACCGUCCCCACCAUGCGCGAGGUUCUCUCCUCCCUAACCUCCGCUCAGAAAAGUCGGUUUGUGGUAGCACUCGCUCAUGUUGCGGCAGCGGCACUGUGCUGGCACACCUCCCCCUCCCACUCCUCAACAUCCCUAUCCUACGUAACCCUAUUCGACGCACUCGGAUCCCUGACUUGCUCCCUUUCCUCCUCCCUCCAGAACUUCGAGGUAUGGGAUAAACCCUCCGUACGACGUCCAUUCGGACUCAGGCAGGGAGAGGUGUUGGCAGGGUUUUUCGGAGCGGUGUUUUUGUUGUAUGGAGCUUUGGGAGUUAUUCUGAAAGAGACGUUGGAGGAUGUUGUGGUGGGUUGGGGAGUUGGGGCGGGUGUGGUAGGGGGACAUGGGCAUCAUGGUGGGGCGCAUGGGGGCGAUGGACAUGGACAUGGACAUGGGGAGGGAGGAGGGGUGGAGUGGGGUCUUGUUGGGGUUGUUGUGAUGAGUGGGAUUUGUGGGAUGUUGUUUGAGGGACAUGGGAAGUACGCCAAAUUCUUCUUGGGAGAUAUGGGGGCGAGGAUGAACCCGUUCAAGCUGAUUACGCCACUCAUUGCGGUUGUGUUGAUCUUUAUGCAUGGGAUGGGGGAGGUGAGUGUGUUGGCGGAUAGGGUUGUUGCGUUUGCGAUGGCUGGGGUAACGACUUGGUUGGGUUUUACGUACGCACGGACGACGGGAAAGAUGCUUCUUAUGACUGCGCCCGGGCGGGAGAUUGAGUCUGUGCAGAAAGACAUUGCGGAUAUUCCGGGUGUGAGACGGGUUGACAAACUCACUGUCUGGCAACCCCACGACGCGAUCUGUGUCGCGAAUGUGAUUGUCAAGGUUGAUCCACUAGAUAUCAUGGGGGAUAAAGCUGAUAGAGCGUUACGAGAGGGGAUUGAGGAGAGGAUAAAGGAGAAGUUUGAAGGGGCGAAGGGGUGUGUGGAGGUAAAUCGUAGUGAGGAAGAUUAGAUUAAAGAUUAAAUAGAAGCCGUCGUCGUUUAAAUGGAAGGGCCGUCGUCAUGAUGACGUGGGGAGUGACGCGCCUGAGAAAAGUCGGCAAGGGAGGCCCCGGCUGGCUGA